GCGAUGGUAACGCUUUUUGACCCUUGACACUUUCCGUAACACGCAGUUGAACAACGUGCGCGCAGUGUAGUGAGGACUUUUGGUGUUUUAGAGCUUAAAGUGCGAUUUACUUACACACAGCAUAACAGAAGGAUGGCUGAAAACCAAGGAGAGAUGUCUCCCAUUGAGAUGAAAGUGGCUCGUCAAGUAGAGUAUUACUUUGGGGAUCACAACCUUCCAAGAGACAAGUUUCUGAAAGAGCAGCUGCAGCUUGAUGAUGGUUGGGUGAUGCUGGAGACCAUGCUUAAAUUCAACAGACUGAAAGCUUUAACUACAGAGAGCAGCGUCGUCAUUUCAGCACUCCAGAAAUCAAAGUCUGGCCUCUUGGAGAUCAGUGAGGACAAGACAAAAAUAAGGAGGUCUCUAGAUAAACCCUUACCAGAACAGAAUGAUGAAUACAAAGACGCAGUGAAACACAGAUCUGUGUACAUUAAAGGUUUUCCUCUUGAAACAACUCUUGAUGAGGUUCAAGAGUGGCUGAAUGAGAAAGGCAGCAUAGAGAGCGUUCAGAUGAGAAAAAAUGUCCAUCGGCUGUUCAAGGGAUCCGUGUUCAUCUGCUUUGAAACAGAGGAAUCAGCGAAGCAGUUCCUGGAACGGACCGAUGUGAAAACAUAUAAAGACAACGAGAUGCUCGUCUUGCCCAGGGAAGUCUACCAUGCAAAGAAGGCAGAAGAGAGGAAAAACUACAAAGCAGAGACGAAAGCUAAAGCAAAGCAAGACAAACAUGAGCAGCAGAAAAACGCUGAGGAUAAAGAAAUGGGUUUGCUUCUGGAUGAACAGACUGGAUGUUUAUUGAAGUUUUCUGGAGAGCUCAAAAAUGUUUCAAGAGAGGACUUCCAUGCCGUGUUCUCUGGGCACGGAAGGAUAAAGUGGGUUGACUUCACAAGAGGAGCCAACGAGGGUACGCUUCUGUUUGACGGGAAUGCAAAAGAAGCCUUUGAGAAAGCCAAAGAGGCAAACGAAGGGGAGCUGAAAAUGAAGGGCAGCAGCGUUACAUGGCAGGUACUGGAGGGAGACGACGAGAAAGAGAUGCUGAAGAAGAUCAUCGAAGCCCAACAGGAAUCGUACAAUCGAUCAAAAGGCAGAGGUGGGAGAGGAAGAUCCGGCGGCAGAGGAAGAGGAGGCCGAAGGGGAAGAGGUGGCAGAGAUCAAGGCAGGACUCACUUCCAGGGAAAGAAAACAAAAUUUGAUAGUGAUAAUGAGGAUGACAACGAGGGUGAGGAAGCACCUGUAGCCCCAAAGAGAGAGCUUGAAGACGCCGACGGUCCUCCAGCGAAAGUUUCCAAAACUGAAAACGGCUCGUAAUGUGGAGACGACAUCCAGAGUUUUUUCUUUAGCAAACACAUUUAUUUUACAAACGGUGAAAAAUGCAGAGGCAACUUAGAACCCAUUCCAGUAAAUAUAUUCAGGUUUUGGAGAAUCGUAGAAAGUCCACCUGGAUGUCAACCUGAAAAAAACAUUUGGAAAACUUGGAGUCAGUUUUCAGCCUUUGAAGCCCUUUAUUUUUUGCCUCUUAUUUGUAUGUUUUCUUAUCGGAAAAUGUUUUAAUUUGAGCACAAAUCAAUGUAACCUUGACGGUCUAAUUUCAUCUGAGUGAUGCCUAGAAUUAGUGUGCCAUUGGUUGUUUCUUAUUUUAUUUUGUAGAUUUAAUACAUGGAGUGAUGCGAUUGUGUCAUGAAUUUUUUUAAGUUUGAAUAUUCCAGUAGCAAAUUAAAUGUUUAUAAAAUAAAAUUUUGUUUUGAAUCUGAA